AUGUAUGCACUCAACAGCAACAACCUCUCUAUCUAUCUCUUCCUUCUUAUGACCCUACUAUUACUACUACUAUCCUUCUCAUUCCUCUCCAGAAGAGGAUCAUAUCUUCAUCACAAAUCAUCUCAUCAUCAUCAUCAUCAGAAGAUCUUCUUCCUUCUAUCCACCCCGUCGCCCAAUCUUCCUCUUGUUGCUGCUGCUGCUGCUGCUGCAAUAAUGCCCCACCAAUAUUUUAUGAAUCGCCGCCGAUACUCAUCAUCAUCACAAAAGCCAAAGAUCGUCGUUAUCAUGGGUCCCACCGGCUCCGGCAAAUCUCGUUUGUCCAUGGAUCUGGCCACCCGUUAUUUCCCCAGCUCCGAAAUCAUCAACUCCGACAAGAUCCAAGUUUACAGAGGACUCGACAUUACCACUAAUAAAAUCCCUCUCCACCAACAACUCGCCGUGACUCACCAUCUCCUAGGAGAUAUUCAUCCCCGUCGACGACCAGAGUUUACUCCCUCCGAUUUCCGGGCUGCAGCCGCUUCCGCCAUCUCCCUUAUUACCGAUAGGAAGAACCUACCUUUAGUUGUGGGAGGCUCCAAUUCCUUUAUCUACGCCCUAAUAGCCGACAACCACAACCACAACAUAGAUGAUGAUGACGAUGAUGAUAUUAGUAAUGAUAAGGUGGUGGUGGUCGGACAACGGUACGACUGUUGUUUCAUUCGAAUAGACGUUUCAUUCCCCGUGUUGAAUCGGUACCUGGUUGAGCGAGUUGACGAGAUGAUGGGGUGUGGAAUGUUGGAAGAGCUGGAGGAGUUCUUCAAAUCGGAGGAAGGAUUAUCUCCGGUGGUUGGGGGGUUGAGGAAAGCUAUAGGGGUGGCGGAAUUGGAGGAGUAUUUUAGGGGAGGGGUUGAGGAGAAAAGCGAUCGGCCUGCGUUAUUAUUGGAGAAGGCGAUUGGGAAUAUAAAGCGUAACACAUGUGAGCUGGCGAGGAGGCAGGUGGAAAAGAUCAGGAGACUGACAAACGGAGCAGGCUGGGAGAUGCAUAAACUCGACGGAACGGAGGCCAUGAGAGCUGCGAUUGCGGCCGGCCAAGGACGCUUAUCCGCUGAGGAAGCCACCGAAAUAUGGGAAACCCAACUUCUACACCCAAGCGUGAAGAUUGUGAAGCAUUUUUUGUUGGAUGAGUAG